AGCUCGUUGUGGAAGUCGUGCUGAACGGUCGCAGUUUUAUGGACUGAAUAACAAGGCAGACAUGGGACAGACGCAGCAAACAGAGAGCUCUGAGCAGAUGGACAUUAAAGCGAUUCAGGAUAUGUACAAGAGGUUUGUUAUAGAAUGCCCAAGUGGAUUACUUUUUCUGCAUGAGUUCAAGCGUUUCUUUGGUGUGGCUACAACAGGAGAAGCAUCUGAGUACGCAGAGAACAUGUUUCGAGCUUUUGAUAAAAAUGGGGACAAUACAAUUGACUUCCUUGAGUUUGUGGCAGCGCUGAAUCUUGUUUUCCGGGGGGACCUGGAGCACAAACUACGUUGGUCAUUCAAGGUGUAUGACAAAGACGGCAAUGGCUACGUGGACAGGAAUGAACUACGGUCAAUAAUUGAUAGCAUCUAUCGACUGAAGAGAAUCUCCAAGGAGAACACGAAUGAUUCCUAUAUUACAGUUGAUGAGGCUGUUAAUCGAAUAUUAGCAGCUGUUGAUACUGAUGGGGAUGGUAAGGUGAGCAAGGAAGAGUUCAUUAAAGGUGCACAGCAGGACCCCUGGCUUCUCAACAUGCUGAAGUUGGACAUGAACCCUGCAAGAUGGGUGAUGGACCAAAGGAGAAAGAGUGCACAUUUCUGAAGUGUCAAAGCACCUCAGCUUUUCCCAGGGAGAACAAUCAUGGCUUAUAUCCAGGGUCCUUAUUUAGGAAUGGAACUAGGAUCACUUUUGGUCUCACUGUGAUGUGGAAAAUAUCUUAUCUCUAAGCAACGUCUAGCCUAUGAGUGCUCCUCCUGCUGGUUAUGUAGGGGUAUUGCAGAAUGGGUUGUAUAUCAGACACAGUUCUGUCUUUCUGCCCCACUUUCUUUACUGCAGCAUUAACAAACUUCAAAGCUGUAUAUUAAGCUGUUUGUCCACCUGCUUUCUUCUGUACCAUGUUGCCUGACUUCAGUCCCCUCUACCAUCACCUGGUCUUGUCUUCACCUUCUUUGUCUCAUUUGCUUUGGUUCUGUGUCAAAACCUGUCGAGACCAAAACCUCACUGGUGGUGCCAUUAUAGUAUGCUAUUUUUUUUUUCUUUAUAAAUUCUUGAUGAUUGUAAUCUAAACUAAGGUCUUAAUAAAUACAUAGACAAAUCUUAAAAAUGAAAUUCAGUUUUCAGAAUUCAUCAUCACGUGCAGUUUCAGACUGUGAAAGACGUUCUGUGUAUUGCAUCACUUGAUAUGUAGUACUCAAAAAAAUAGUAAAACAAGUGUGAAAAAUGUGGGUAUUUUUCACAGUUGUAAAUAUUAUUCAGUUUUUUAUUUGUUUUAUGUUACACAGCAAUCAAGCAUAACAUUAUGACCACCUGCCUAAUGUUGCAUUGGGCCACCUUUUGCUGCCAAAACAGCCGUGACCCAUCAAGGCGUGGACUCCAAUAGACCCUUGAACCAUCUGUGUUUUGCGGUAGGGUGCACCGUCCUGCUGAAAGAGGCCACAGCCAUCAGGGAAUACAAGUUCCAUGAAAGGGUGUAUAUGUUCAGUGCUUAGGGAGGUGGUAUGUGUAAAAGUAACAUCCACAUGGAUGGUUCCUGUAAGCUGCAAGUUGCAACCAUGGAUCGGACUGUGCACUGCCUACCUGUGCACCGCCUGGAUUGCCUACAAAGGAUCAUGGAAAACCAUUCAAGCAACAACAAGAGCACAUGUACUGAGUAACACAAGAACAGCCUUUGUUUAAUAGUGUAAAUAUGUAAAUACUGAAUCAUUUUAAUGUUCUUUUUUUUCAAAAUGAUUGUGUUGUUUUCUAUAUUUUUGAUUUGUUUUUAAUGAAAUAUUACUCAUUUACUAGUAAGGUUUGAUAGUAACUGUGUCAUAAAGGUGCACAUCAAUUCAAGUACUGUACAGUAAUGUGGUUUAUUUUAUUAAAAAUCUAUCUUUCUUUC